ACAGAAGCCAGUGUAUACUCUCUCCAUCCUCAGAAUUCCCAGAAGGGUUUUUUACACAACAGGAGCGAGAAGAUGGAGGCAUCGUUAUCUAUUUCAUUAUCAUUCUUUAUAUGUUCUUGGCUGUGUCCAUUGUAUGUGAUAAUUAUUUCCUCCCUUCCCUGGAAAUAAUCAGUGACUCCCUGGGCCUCUCUCAGGAUGUUGCAGGAGCAACUUUCAUGGCAGCUGGUAGCUCUGCCCCUGAAUUAGUCACAGCCUUCUUAGGAGUUUUCGUCACAAAGGGAGACAUUGGACUCAGCACCAUCCUCGGUUCUGCAAUCUACAACCUUCUUGGUAUCUGUGCAGCUUGCGGGCUUCUAACUAGUGUGGUUUUGAGACUUUCUUGCUGGCCGCUUUUUAGAGACUGUACAGCCUAUGCAAUUAGUUCAGCAGCUGUUCUUGCAAUGAUAAUCGACAAUAAAGUUUACUGGUAUGAAUGCACUUUACUCCUGCUAAUAUAUGGAGUGUACAUUUUGGUGCUCUACUUUGACAUUAAAAUCAACCAGUACAUCAUGAAGAAGUUUAGUCCAUGCUGUACCUGUUUCACAGUAACUGCGGAAGAAGCUGAACAGCAGCCACUCAUUGGAUGGAAGGAAGAAACGGAGCCUCUUGUUCGACGACAGUCAAGAACAGACAGCAGAAUUUUUCAUGAGGAGUCCGAUUACUCACAACUUUCAUUAAGUUUACAUGUACUCGAUACAAUUUCUGAAGAUCCCCCAAGUGUGUUCACCGUGCCUGAGGCAGAUCUGAAGAGAGUUCUGUGGGUGCUUUCCCUUCCAAUAAUUACCGUACUCUACUGGACAACCCCUGACUGCAGAAGACAGUUUUGGAAGAACUGGUUCAUGCUCACAUUCCUCAUGUCAGCAGUGUGGAUUUCUGCAUUUACUUACGUUCUUGUAUGGAUGGUAACAGUAGUAGGGGAAACUUUGAAAAUUCCAGAAAGUGUAAUGGGUCUUACACUAUUAGCAGCAGGAACGAGCAUUCCAGAUACAAUUGCCAGUGUGCUGGUGGCCAGGAAAGGAAGAGGCGAUAUGGCCAUGUCAAACAUUGUAGGAUCCAAUGUGUUUGAUUUGCUGUGCUUGGGAUUGCCCUGGUUUAUAAAGACAGCCUUUGUAGACACAUCAACUCCUGUGCAGGUGAACAGCAGUGGUCUGACCUACACUGCCAUCUCUCUGGUUUGUUCCAUUGCUUUUAUUUUUUUGGCUGUUCACCUGAAUGGCUGGAAGCUAGACAAAAAACUAGGGGCAGUCUGUCUAGUCAUGUACUUUGCAUUUGCAGUAUUAACCAUUCUUUAUGAACUUGGAGUCAUAGCAAACAACCCUAUCCAGAUGUGUGGUGACUAGUUUUGUUGCUGUUUUUAAUACUGUAGUCAGCAAUUAAAAAAAUCAAAGAUUAAAAGUCUAGUUAUUCAUUUAGUCAAAUGAGAACUCCAGAAUUCCUUUUGGGCUCUAAAACUUAUUUACAGAA